AUGAAUAAAAAUGGCGAAUUAAAUCUCCUACAGUAGUGCUGUAUUACAUGUCAGUUCGUCUAUAGAAACACUGACUUUUAAUUCGUCCUUGGAGAACUUGGAUAUAAACUCAAAGAUUUUCAAGUUUAAAUCUAUCAUGAAUUAUAUGUACAAUGAAUUGCUAUCUUGAACUUGAAUAAAUGGAAUACUAAGGCAUACUGUGCAUUGAUUGUAUAAGUUUAUGGGUAAUAACCCUUCCCGGCUAGCUAUUUAAAUAUGACGAACCGCGAAGAUUCAAAUCGGAAACGUGCUUUAAGAGAUAUCCUGAGUUACGAGGAUACAUUGACUGUAGACGUGGAAAAUACAGUUCACAAGAUCAGGGAACGAGCUAAAACGUUACAUUCUGAACUGGAUAUGUACGUAACAAAUCUCCUGAACCAGAUUAAGCAUAAGUUUGAACAAGAGUUAAAAAAGGUACGUUAUACUGUUGAGAAGUUGAAAACAGGCGACCUAAGCCCAAGGGGUAAAGCCAUGUCCAGAUCGAGUUCACUUGACCGGUCACCACGAUACAGGUCCACCCCUCGCUCGAACAUUGACUUCGGCCUGAAUACUAGCCGAACGUCAGUGAGGUAUGGAGACGUGGACGAGAUGCACCAGUUUGAUAAGAAAGAGAUUCAUUUCUUUGAAGGUGAAGCGAGUGACAAAGUAUUUGAGAGGCUUGUCGGUACCUACACGUUUGAAGCGACGACGCCUAUAUCAUUCAAUGCCGUCCAGCGGUCUAUACUCGCCGACAGGAAGUCAGAGGUGAAACUAGUAAAAACUUUUAAGGUUGGGGAUAAGAGCGAGACCGUACAUGCCAUAGCCCCAGUGGAGGAGGAUCAAGCCUGGAUUUGCUGUGGCUGGGGGUCAAGAAACCUCAGCCUUUAUGACAGACAUGGACAGAAGAGAAAAACAGCGUCCUUAGAUAUACAGGUAAAUGACGCCUGCACCUUUCACGACGGGAAAGAGGACGCUGUUCUGGUUUCCAGCUUCCGUGAGAAGAGCAUUAAACGUCUGAAUCAAGAAUCCUUACGCACAUCAGAUUUCGCUUAUACUUCCCUGUUCCCCGGCGGCCUCGCGGCAGAUCGACGUAGCGGUAUUUACGUCUGCUUCCGAGACAGCUACCAGCGGCAAGCAAUAUUUGGUUCCCGGCGUAUGGUCGCCAAGCUGUCAAAACACGGUGAACUUGGUGCCACCGUAGAAAAAAAUGAGGAGCAGACUAACAUAUUCGGAUAUCCAUUCCGGAUAGCGGUAAACAUGAACGGAGAUGUUUGUGUCUCCGACUACGGCGACGGAACAAGAGGCGUGACCAUUUUGGCAAAGGAUGACCGAUCGAAGGAACUGCGUGUCAAAUGUUGGUACAAAGGUCCGCCUACUGGAAUUGGUAGUGACCAGCCUUUUCUCCCGCACGGAAUCGUCUGCGACGAAGAGGGACAUAUUCUUGUAUCGGACUGGAACAAUGACUGUAUACACGUCCUGGACAGAGAUGGAAAUUUCCUUCUUAAUCUGAUUGGCAAAAAGGAUGGUUUAGAAGGCCCGAAUGCACUUGGUCUCGAUAAAAGGGGCUAUCUUUGGGUAGGGGACAGUCAUGGUGUGGUUAGAGUUUUCAAAUAUUCUGUAUAUGAUGGUUGAACUCCUAAAUGUACUUUGGUCACAUGUCAUUAUAUAAAGCAGUGCGUGCUUUUUAGAAAACUAUAUUUAAUCUGUUUUGAAAAGACAUUAUUGACCUUAUUGUUCUAGUUAUGAUGUGAGUGCAUGUACCUGAAUUAUUAAUUAACUGGAGUAUACGCGACAAAAUUAUUUCUCUCUGUCAGCGCCUUCUUGAAUCAAUACAAAUUUAAAUGUACUUCUGCAGUUACGUGUCUCCAGAGUAUAAUGUAAUUGUUCAUAUUUGCACUUCUUACUGCUCAAAUGUACAGACUCGUGUCUCUGGAACACUGCCAAUUAAAUAUAUACAAUCAUUAUAUAUAAAGUGUUAUUUUGUGACAUC